CAGCUGUUGUAGCACAAAAAUAUAUUUAAAGCAGUGGGGCUUGUUUUGUAAUUUUUAAAUUCUCAGCUAACUUGCUGAACUUCCACUAGUUACUCUGAAAGCAGACGACAGGGGUUUGAUGCUUGAAUCCGCAGAGGCUACAGCAAACAGACCCACACACCAAUAGCUGCCGGAAGACAGCCACGAAAUUAUAUAAUUCCCCCACGCUGCGGCCAUACACAUGAAUCUGUAUAGCGGCUCCGUGCGACGUCUGCUCGACAGUUGGCCCGGCAAGCGACGCUUCGGCAUCUAUCGCUUCCUGCCACUCUUCUUUGUGCUGGGCGCUGCCCUUGAGUUCUCCAUGAUCAACUGGACGGUGGGCGAAACGAAUUUCUAUAGCACUUUUAAGCGACGCCAGGCGAAGAACUACGUGGAGGAGCAGCAGCACCACCAACACCUUCAGCAGGAGCAGCAGCAAUCGCAUAACUGAGGGGGAAUCAUGCCAGCUGGCGUGUCGUGGGGUCAGUAUAGCAAGU